CUUAGAACUCUCACUACUGACUCUUGCUAGCCACAAAACGGCGUCAUUGGCAGAACAAGAGGGAUUGACUUUUCACGCCUUAUAAUACUCAAAGUAACAUAAGCUUCAGUCAUUCAGGUAUAGCUUAUUGUUGGAGAGCAUGGAUCGCCGUUGAUACAGAUCCUCCAGGUACCGAGGACAACGUCUAGGCGGGGCCGAGGGCUGUCGUUUUAGCCUGGCCUUGAGGACACCUUUGAUUGACUCCAGCGGAGCUCUGGCCCAAUCAACCGCCAAGCUCCCAUCGACAACCUUGACGGCAUCUGUUAGGGAGCAAUUGGCCCUUAACGACAGGGACACUUUUCUUCACUUCCGGUUCAUUCACUGCGUUUCACACACGGCAGCGAAGAUGCGCUGGUUACCCUCCUUUCUGUCCGUUUCUCUCCUCGCGGCCGGGUCACUCGCCGCGAGGAAGUCUAGCGAAGAGCGUUUCAAGACCUACCACGCCAAGUCCCUCUCCUCGACGCCCGUCAAGCUCGGUGACUCGACGUACCGGGAGCUUACCAGCACCCCGCGCGACUACACCGUCGCCGUCCUUUUGACGGCCAUGGACCCUCGGUUCGGGUGCCAGAUGUGCCGCGAUUUUGGGCCCGAGUGGGAUCUGCUGUCCAGGAGCUGGGUCAAUGGAGACAAGGCUGGCGAGUCCCGGAUUGUCUUUGGGACUUUGGAUUUUGCUGAUGGGAGGGACAUUUUUAUGAGCCUGGGCUUGCAAACGGCCCCGGUGCUGUUCCUGUACCCGCCCACCGUCGGCCCUCACGCUGCUGCGUCGCCCGAUCCCAUCCGAUAUGACUUCACGAGCGGGGCCCAACAAGCAGAACAGGUUCACAGUUGGGUUGCCCGCCAUCUUCCCGACCGCCCGCACCCGCCUGUCAAACGGCCGAUCAACUGGGUCAAAUGGAUUUCGACAUUUGUUAUCUUGUCUGGAGGGCUUACGGCUUCCUACGUCGCCUGGCCCUACAUCCUUCCCAUCAUCCAAAGCCGUACCGUUUGGGCCGCCGUAACCCUCAUCUCAAUUUUGCUGUUCACGAGCGGCCACAUGUUCAACCACAUAAGGAAUGUCCCGUACGUUGCCGGCGAUGGAAAGGGAGGCAUCAGGUACUUUGCAAACGGCUUCCAGAAUCAGUACGGUCUCGAAACCCAGAUUGUGGCUGCCAUGUAUGGCAUUCUCGCCCUUUCUGGAAUUUCUCUGGCGAUUAAAGUUCCCAGGAUAAGCGACCCCAAGGCUCAGGGCGUGGCCGUCUUUGUGUGGGCUGCCAUCCUUUUCGUCAUGUACAGCUUCCUCAUCAGCAUUUUCCGGGGAAAGAAUGCCGGGUAUCCCUUUGCGCUGCCGCCUUUCAUGUAAGGCUAGAGGCGGACCAUUUCUCACGUUCUUUAAGCCGUUCCAAGUAGACUAAAACCUGGGUUUGUAGCUUCGGAGACAGCUAGGAGACCCGUAUGUACGAAUAGGCUCAUUGGUGGCGCAUACAGAGGAAUUAAAAUGGUUUCAUUUGACUGUACCCUAGCUCGUACAUGGCCCGUAUAAUGGGACGCUGUUGCACGUCGACUCGUAUUCGAAUGCUUCGUAUGAGUUCCGAGGAUGGAACGACGAAUUUUCUUGAACUCAAGGAUAUUCUGAGCAAUACUCACUUAGAGCAAGGGAAAGCAACUGAUCCACUCGAUCUAUCGACUGCAGGUAGAUCUGUCAAAUCUGAUGAUUGUCUUUCUACAGGGUAGGCGACGAUAUUUCAAAAGGAUGGGUCUCUUGCCCUUGCUAGACGGGAAUGCAUUGAGCCCGAAGGGGAAGUCUUAGAUAGGUUUA